CUGCCUGUGAUGCAAUGAGACAUCCAGAACUGCAUGUAGUGUACACCGUAUAGAUGCACCAGGGCUGGACUGAAGGCAUGCACUGCAUAGACCCAGCUCCUGGAGUCCUGUGAUUACAGCGGGACCUCAGCUCUUGUUGAAAAAGUCCCCAAAGUGAAGGAAAAACUGUGAAAUGCAGAAAUGGUUGUUUGUAGCUGCAAAUGGGAAUUUGGAAUAACGAUGAAAAACACACUGAAAUAAUCGUGUUUGACUGGAACAAAAUUCUUGAAAAGUCCCCAAGGAUGAGAUUCUGUGCCAAAUCAAUGCUUCUAUCUCACUGGCUUUUUCUGGUCUAUGUGCUAAUGGUGUGCUGUAAAUUGUUGUCCGCCACUAGUCACCAUCCCCGGGGGCACACAGGCCAGCACCAAGUGAAGCAAGGGACGUGUGAAGUGGUCGCAGUGCAUCGCUGCUGCAACAAGAACCGCAUAGAAGAACGCUCUCAAACGGUCAAGUGCUCUUGCUUCCCAGGGCAGGUUGCAGGCACGACAAGGGCGCAGCCCUCCUGUGUGGAAGCCUCCAUUGUCCUGCAGAAGUGGUGGUGUCACAUGAACCCCUGUCUGGAUGGAGAGGACUGUAAGGUGCUGCCAGACUAUUCAGGUUGGUCUUGCAGCAGUGGAAAUAAAGUCAAAACCACAAAGGUGACACGGUAGCGAAGAAUAGACAUCUGUGUCAUUGCUGGGACAAUGGGAUUUGCAGCUGCGUUGCUUGGGUAUUACGCUCAGACCCUUUUUUGAGAGGACAUUGUAGACUUCACACUUUGAACUUGUGCAGUCGGUGAGC